CGCUUGGCAAUGCACAUGAUGAUCUUAGGCUUGUGUGCGAUUGUUCGGUCAUGGAAACCCAUUUCAUGAAGCUCCCAACGAAUAGUUAUUGUGCUGACAUUGCUUCCAGAGGCUGUUUGGAACUCGGUAGUGAGUGUUGCAACCGAGGACAUCACUCAGCGGUCCCCUUCUGUGAGCUUGUGUGGCCUGUAGGCCAAGCUUGUGUGGCCUACCAUUUCGCGGCUGAGCCGUUGUUGCUCCUAGACGUUUCCACUUCACAAUAACAGCACCUACAGUUGAUCGGGGCAGCUCUAGCAGGGCAGAAAUUUGACGAACUGACUUGCUAGAAAGGUGGCAUCCUAUGACGGUUCCACGUUGAAAGUCACUGAGCUCUUCAGUAAAGCCAUUCUACUGCCAAUGUUUGUGUAUGGAGAAUCUUUCAUUUUGGCUGUGUGCUCGAUUUUAUACACUUUUCAGCAAUGGGUGUGGCUGAAAUAGCCAAAUGUACUAAUUUGAAGGGGUGUCCACAUACUUUUGUAUAUAUAGUGUAGUACAGUGUGUUUGUUGCAGGAACAGAGAAUGAGUAGAUAUGUCCCAAAUCUAUAAUAAUUGUGUCAUAAUGAUGAUAAUAACGGUGCUGAUAACUCACUGUUCAGGAGAUGCAGGAUGUGAUGGCAGAGAAGGAUUUCCAGCUGGCUGAAUGUGAGUUUAAAGUCAAGGAGCAGGAAGCCGCCAUCCUGAAACUCAACCGCAAAAUACAUGAGAAAGAUAGUGAGAAGAAAAAAGCUGUUCGGUCAAGCGAUGGAGUGACAGACACGAUAGGCCAGCUUCAGGCAUGUCUGCGGGAGAAGGAGAAAGAACUGCUGACCCUCAACAAUCUGCUGUUUAGCCAUGAGGAUACAAUCCAUACUCUUGAGAAUGAGCUGGCCAAUGAGAAGGUCAAAUAUGACUCAAAGACCAAGGAGCUCCAGGAUGCUUUGGAACAGUCCAAUGAAGAGAUGGCAGAGAAAGACUUCCUCCUAACAGAGAAAGAGAUUCAUAUGAAGGAGCUGGAAGCUGCCGUAAAGACAUUUAACUGCACACUGCAGGAAAAAGAUAAAUUGCUACAGGAGGGCCAUGUGUGCACAUGCCCUGACAUUACCACUGGUCACCAUCAGGAAUCAGUGUUUCAGCAGCAGGUUGAAAAGGUGAAAGAGAAUUCUGAGAGAGCCAGGGAAGAGCUGCUGUCUGUGGUAGAGCAGAACAACAGGGAGAUUGAGCGUCUUCAGAAGGCUCUGCUGGACAUCCAAACACACCCGCCUGCCCAAGAAGAUCUCCUGUCUCACAUCCAAGAUGCUAUAAAUCAAGCCAAGGAUGAGAUCCUCACUGCCAUUGAAGGGAAAGGAAACGACAGUUCUUCAAACCUGUCUCUACUGAUGCAGAAGCUAACCGAUCUGCAAGAUAGGAACAAUCAGCUGUCUUGCUGUCAAGAUCUGAUAAAUAGUGUGGAUGCUCUGAUGCGACAGCGAGACAUAGAGAUGGCUCAGACCAGGGAUGUGUUUAACCGUCUGCAGGGAGCCAGGCAGGAGCUGGAGGAGAGCCUGUGCCAAACACUACAAGACAAGGACAGGUCCUUUGCACACCUACAGGUCACUCUGGACAGGAAGAACAAGGACAUGGAGGUCAUGGCUGGUCAGUUCCACAGCCAGAUGGAGGAAAGCAACAGGGAGCUAGAACGACUGGAGCAGAGACUGAGAGAGACAAAGGACAUGUUGGCUCAAACCAAUGCAGAUAAGCAGAGCCAGCUGACUGACCACCAACUCACAGUGGAAGAGAUCCAGUCUGCCACCAGUAUCAAUGCUCAAGUGCUAAAGUCUUUAGAGUCAGUGAUGAAGGGCUUGGACCAGGAGCUCCAGGAGAAAGACUAUAUCAUAUCCCAGCUACAGGAGGUUGUCAAUAAGAACUCAGAGGAUCUAGAGAUCAUGGUUGGCCGGUUGCAUAGCCAGGCUGUGGGUAGCAACAAAGAGCUGGAACAACUUGAACAGAGGCUAAAAGAGACAGAAGCCAUUUUGCUUCAGACAACCCAGGAAAAGGAGACACAGAUGACAGACCAUCAACUUGAAAUUGAGAAACUGCAGGGUGAAGCUAAAGACAGCAACAGGAAGUUGGAGCAGCUGGAGGAGAAACUCAAGGAAAUGGAGGACAUUUUGUCUCAUACCACUGGCAAAUAUCUGCAGGACAAUCAACUUACAGACAGGAAACUGCAGGGUCAAGCGGAGGACAGAGACAGGAAGUUGGAGCAGCUGGAACAGAAACUCAAGGAGACUGUGGACAUUUUGGCUCAGAUCACUGACGAUAAGGACAAACUGUUGCUAGAAAAUCAACUGGCAGAACAGAAACUACAGAGCCAGACUGAGGACAGUAGUAUGAAACUAGAGCAACUGGAUCAGAUGUUGAAAGAGAAGGACCUGCUGUUCAUGCAGAGCACGGCAGACAAGGAGAUACAGCUGACGAACUACAAACUCACAGUAGAGAAGCUAAUGUCUUACAUCACCAUCAAUGAACAGAUGUUCAAGGAGUUGAGAGAACAUCACAGACAGAUUCUGGCCAAGCAUACGCUGGAGCUUGAGGACUAUGGGAAGAGGCAGGAGAAGCUAUCCACAGCACAGAUUCAGAUCUCUGCCUCCCUGCAAGAGAAGUGCUCAGAGGUCUCUGAACUUAGACUCCUGACUGAGAGGGAGCAAGUCAUCAAGGGCCUGGAGCAUUUUGCAGUCCAAAGGGAGGGGGGGGGAACUAAUCCCUGUCAGAGAGAGACUCUAGACCCUGACAACCACACCAUCCCAGAGAACAGUGAAGUUCCUUCAACCGAGGCUGGCCCGACCAAGUGUGAGAGGUGUCUCCAACUUUUGCAGAGGGGGAAUGGCAGUCUGCUGGUCAGACUGAGGGCUAGCAAGCGCCUCAACAAGACCCUGCGUAGCCAACUGGACCUGUGCAGAUCCAUUAUGGCUCAGAGAGAGGGGGGUGAUGGACGCAGUUUCUCCCCUUCCAACUCACUCACAGUGGAAGAAGAAAUGAAGGAGCAGCUGCAGGAGAUCUUGAGGCUGAGACAGAGUCUGGAGGAGAGCAUCCAGGCAAACAGGAGGCUUCAGGAGCAUCUGAAGAACCAUAAGGCCCAGCAGGCAGCAACUCAGAUUGGAGCCCAGCAGGCAGGGACAGAGAUGGGCCAGAACCACCCAGGUCAGUCAGACAUAGGGAUCAUUAUUUAUUUAUUUAGGGCCAAAUCAUAA